UUUUCUUACCACUACAAUAACAGUUUCUCCUUCUGCGCUUAGCUGGUUUAGAUGUGAUAGUGUUCUUCCUAGUUUGUAUAUGGACUUUGGAGAAGAUAAAUUAUGAGUUCAAUGGUUUUCCUUGAAUAUAAGCCGCUUCCCUAUGCAUUUUUUUCGAUUUAACGGCGUAGUUCCAAAUGUACCGCACGAUACGAUCAAAGAGGCAAAUAAUUUAAAAUCCCCUCGUCUACUAAAGUCUCAUCUACCCGCAAUGCUUUUACCGCAGCAAAUUUGGACUAAGAAACCAAAGGUUAUUUACGUAUUUCGGAAUCCAAAGGAUGCGGCAGUCUCAUAUUUCCAUCAUUGGCGCGGUAUGGUUGGUUACAAGGGGUCCAAGGAAGAUUUUGUCCAAUCAUACAUAGAUGGUCAUGUUAAUUUUAAUCCAUUUUGGCCACAUGUUUUGGACUUUUGGCAAAUGCGAAGCAGUUCACAUGUUUUGUUCACGAGCUACGAACGAAUGAAGGGUAAUUUAUCUGAAGUCAUUAAAGAAGUUUGUCAGUUCUUAAAUAAGGAAAUUACACCCGCUCAACUUUCUUCGUUAGUCGAACACUUAUCGUUCGAUAAUAUGAAAAAUAAUCCAGCUUGCAAUCACAUUAAAGAAUUUGAAAGUAUGAAGGCUGCUACCGGUCGAAAAGUCGAUGAAUUUAGGUUUGUUCGAAGAGGUAUUGUCGGCAGCCAUAAAGAUGAACUGGCAUCCAAUGUUAUACAGGACUUUGAUGAAUGGAAUGAUGAAAACUUAAGAGAAUACAAUUUAUCUAUUAACGAUUUCACCGAAUAUUCGAAGUACCAGAGUUAAAGGCAAUUAAGAGUGAUUUUUGUCGUAAAUGUAUGAAAUUUUAUUUUCGGUGCCGAUUACGGUGUAUGCGGAAAUAUGCCUUAAAUGGAAUACUGAGUGUGUGAUGAAAGUUUUUAAUACUUUAUUUAUUAAUUUUUAUUUUAAAUUGUAAUGCUUUCUCUUCAAAUGUCAAACUAUGAUUGACUAUGGAUUAAACAAUGAUAUUUUUAUUUGUUAAAAUAAUAAAUGUAUGAAAUAAUAAAGGAAAAAUAUUGGAUAAUUUACAAUAAAGGAAAAUGGC